AUGUCUUUAGCAAUACCCCAGGCCUCCCAGUCGGGGCUAUUCAAGCCUGGCUACAGCAGCUAUGACGCCGAGGAUGGUGCCGUGAUUCGAAAUAUCGAUGCAUGCAGGACGAUUGCCCAGACCGUUCAAACCUCCCUCGGUCCGUAUGGCCGUAACAAAAUUGUCAUUAACCAUCUGGCCAAGAUGAUACUCACUUCCGACGCGGCUACAAUCCUCCGUGAACUGGAGGUGGUGCACCCCGCCGCAAAGUUACUGGUCAUGGCCAGUCAACAGCAAGAGGCGGAGAUGGGAGAUGGCACAAACAUGGUCAUUAUACUGGCUGGAGAGUUGCUCAAGAAAGCUGAGGAAUUAAUACGAAUGGGUCUCAAAACGAGCGAUAUUGUAUCUGGGUAUGAGAAGGCACAGGCUUAUGCGCUCAAAUCUUUAGAAGACUUGGAAGUUGACACUGUCUCCGAUGUUCGCUCCGCCGCCCAACUUAGCAAAGCGCUCCGCACUGUGGUUGCGUCCAAACAAUCUGGCUCCGAGGACCUCAUUUCGCAGUUGAUAGCUCAGGCUGUGCUGGCAGUUCUACCCAAAAACCCGGCAAAUUUCAACGUUGACAACAUCCGUGUGGUGAAAAUCAUGGGCGGAGAUCUCUCUUCCUCCCAAGUCGUCAAGGGCAUGGUCUUUGGUCGCGAACCCGAGGGGUUGGUGAAGCGCGCGAAAAAGGCAAAAGUCGCUGUUUUCUCAUGCCCGAUCGAUAUUUCCCAGACUGAAACAAAGGGAACUGUUCUCCUGAAAAAUGCAAAAGAGAUGAUGGCCUUCUCCAAAGGCGAGGAACAACAGCUCGAAAACGCCAUUCGGGAAAUCUACGACACGGGUGUCCGCGUAUGCGUCGCAGGCGCAACCGUGGGAGAACUAGCCAUGCACUACCUCAACCGGAUGGGUAUCCUUGUGGUCAAAAUCAUGUCGAAAUUCGAACUCCGGCGCCUGUGCAGCGUGUGUAACGCCACUCCUCUAGCCCGCCUCGGCGCGCCCAUGCCGGACGAGAUGGGUAGCAUUGACGUCGUUGAAACGACCGAAAUCGGCGGUGACAGAGUGACCGUCUUCCGCCAAGAGUCCGACACCGCAACAACACGCACGGCGACCAUCGUGUUGAGAGGCGCAACCCAGAACCAUCUCGACGAUGUCGAGCGCGCAAUUGAUGACGGCGUCAACGUCAUAAAAGCGGUCACAAAAGACCCACGGCUUGUCCCGGGUGCGGGCGCGACGGAAAUGCAACUUGUGGAGAGAAUCAGUCAUUUCGCAGACAAGACGCCUGGCUUGCCGCAGUAUGCCAUUAGAAAAUAUGCAGAGGCAUUCGAGGUGAUCCCAAGAACCUUGGCAGAGAGCGCCGGGUUGGACGCCACGGAAGUGGUAGCAAGGCUGUACACGGCGCAUCAACGCCGGGUAGGUUCCAGCGAGGAAGUGAAACGCCGAAAACAAGCAAACGGCGAACAACAAGACGAAAGCGACGACGAGGACGAGGACGACGAUGACGACGACGACUCUGGAGAAUCCGACGAAUCUGAAGAGCCGUACUGGACCACGGGUAUCGACCUGGAAGUCAGUGACGCGUCCGGCGUGCUGGAUGCUCUAGAAGAAGGCAUCCUGGACCUGAUGGUGACCAAGUCCUGGGCCAUUCGGCUGGCCACGGAGGCGGCGAGGACGGUCCUGAGUGUUGAUCAGAUCAUUGUCGCGAGGCAAGCUGGAGGGCCGAAGCCACCGGGGCCGAACCCGAACUGGGACGAGGAUUGA